AGUCGCGCGCGGCCCGCCGGCUCGAGCGGACAGGGACGGGGCGCCGGUACAGUGGCGCCGCCCUGGUGGACGGUGGUGGAGUUAGCCCGCCGGCUGGCCGGCGGGGUUGCAGGAAGGGUGGUCGCCGGUCGGUGGACAAUUGUAGACAGACGGUGGUAGCGGGUUGACAGGACAAACGUGAGGACAGUGAGGCGACUCGUGCUCAGAGAGACCGUGAAGUGAGACUCAGUGGACGGAAGUCGAGGUGUGAAAAGCGGGUGCAGGAAGGACGAAAAGUCAAAAGUGACGGAUUCGUGAAGCGAGAGACGUAAAUCGGGAUCUUCGUGAACUCCAGACCCUGACUUUGUGAAAACAAACGAAAAAAAGAAAAUACGUUAAAUAAAUGCCCUACGUCUGUGUCGUGAAUGCGAACAAUCUGUGAACCUGGCACGUUUCGUUCGUGAAUUUGGGCCGUACUUUUCGUGAACCGAGUGCGAACGAUUCAUGAACCGGGGCUGAGCGCUUCACGGAUCAAAAACCGACCUCCAGUAACUGACCUCCAGCCGUUCUCUGGAGCCUGUACAGGACGACCGUUUUGGAGCUGUCCAGUGCCGUAUCAGCUCCUGGAUUUGUCCCCAAGAGGCCCAUUUGACCUCGUCUGACCGUUUUACAGCACUCAGGUCCGACGGGACAACUGAGGUCAUCACGUGACAUCAUCAAAGGUGUGACGUCACCGGUGGGAGAGGAGUGACGUCCUCACGGAUCCGGGGCAGCAGGUGACCUGUCCCUUCAACCAGAAAAGGCCUCUGUUCCAUCCGCGGGACCAGCUGAUGCAAAACGUCGGACAGAAGUCACAAGAGACCACCCAGGAGCACAGGCGCUGAAACAACUCGGAAGUUUGGUCAGAGAGAUACAACAAACAAGAGGCCAGGUUCGGAGUUUGGCAGUCCAACAGUCCAAGGUGUUCUGAGCCACAGCGAAAGCGUCAUUUCAACAUUCAAAGAUCAUACAACUCGGCUCAGCUGAAGAUUGGAUUGCUGAGAGUGACCAGAGCGUUUAAAGGACACAGUCCGUCUCCCAGCCUUUCCCCGUGAAAGGUCACUGGAGUGGUCUCCGUCCCUCAGGUCAGCUGCAGUUAGGUGUGUCACUGUCAGGUCACCCUAACUGGGUCAGCUGAGGUCAACCGGGACUCUGCGUGACAGGACGCCGAAAAACGGACUCAUCAAUCAUCCGUCUCAUCGGUAAAAACGCACACAUCUCGGAGAUAAGCUGGACUCGAAUCCGGUUUGAAAACUAGUAACUACACACCUCGUAGAGAACAGAUCAAAACUACAAUCCAAGUGAUUUGAAUCUACAAUCUACAACUUAAUUAACACAAGUGUCGAAUCAAGGUCAACUGAGGUCACGACAUCUGUCAUUUACCUAAGUGAUCUUCUCCCUCCUUCAUCUCCCACUCUCCGUGGAUCGCCUCCAGCUCCCAGCCCGCUUCCGCCUCUCUACAGGUCACCCCAGGAGGUCAAGUGAGGGUCGUGUGGGUGCCGCAGGAUUCCGCAGAGCCACAGCUCUUGUCACGUCACCGGGAGCGGCCCGAACAGAGGUGCGCCGACCCAUCAGUCUUGGGACGUCAUUCGUGUCGGCAGUCGUUCGGCUCAUCGCGGCGAGGUAGCUGCGUCUCGCAGUUCGCUCCGAGCUUGCUUGGAGUUUGCUCAGAGCUCGCCGUGAGCUCACUGUGUUUACGUUCAUCUUCAACACUCUUCCGAGACUGCUACAUACGCCGUGUUACUCUCAUCAGCGCCUUUUUUUUUGUGUCGCCUCUCCGCCCCGUCGGCCCGUCGUCGCUCGGUCGACCUUUGGUCAGCUGAUCGUCGGUCGGUGCGUCGACGUCGUUGCGUCGGUACCGUCGUCGGUCGGUCGUCGGCUGUCCGGCGCGUGGCGUGCAGCUAAGUGGCCACUUACUGAGGAGUCGGUGUGUGCCGAGGUGGUGUGCGGACCGGAGCCACGUCAGAGCGAGUCUCGCGGGUCGCUGGAGGAUUUCUGAGUUGGUGGAUGUUUGAGUGAGGUGUGCUGUAACGGAAGAAAUCUGAAGUGUCCACAGAGUGACGAAAAGCAAACGUAACGUGUGUGGAUUUGAAGAUAAGCCGACAACUGGCGUUAAUCAGCUACCGUAGUUGAAACAUCGAGACACUCAACCACCAGCGUGAAAAACGUCGUGAGUCGUCAGAUAUCAUCGCAAAACCGCAGAUCAAUUCAGCUAACGGAAAUCAUCUGCCAGCAACGUCUGUUUAUUGCUGGUGAUUUACUCUGUGAAAAGCAACCGGUCCGUGAUCGAAAUCGACUUCUACGAGACUCAACGUGAUCACCUGUCCCUAAGGGCACAGCGGAAGGUCAAUAGUCCCGGAGGCCCUCCCCGUCUGUCUGUCGGGUAUUCACUCAUUGAAGUGACGGAGCCGAGCUGGGUGCAGCACAGGGUCACCCUGCGCGGCGUGGGCGAUCCGAACCCGUGACUCAUCUGCCCAGAACCGCGCCGAAAUUCGAACGGGACGCGCCGCGGGUCGCCGCCGUCCAGUGAGGAGAGAGACGGUGUGCAGAGCGGUCCUGGAGAGAGAGGAGGGAGACAGAGCGGUGGUGAGAGGAACUCGGGAGUGACUGAGAGGAACUCAGGAAUGACUGAGAGGAGUCUGAACUAGUGUCUAAGGGGCACGUGGCUAAUUAAGUGAAUAGAUAAUAAGAACUUGAUCGACGAUAGUGCAUAAGUGUAGAAUAAGUGAGAAAGUGAAUUUAAGUGAUCGUGAGUGAGUGCCUAAUUCUAAGCAGUGCUACAGUGGACAGCGGACGUUCGAAGGGUUCCGAAGUUGUGGAAAACUACAGCUGUGGACAGAAGGACGGACGCAGUGGAGUAUUUUAAGGACGACUAAGUUAAGCGAACUUUUCGUGCAAGUGUGCCUCAUUAAGCUAGUUAAGAAACCCCUGGCAAGUCCAGAAAUAAUCUAAGUGACCUUGAGGAGCGCGGUGGUGCAGUGAGCCAUUCAAACACCGCUGCUCGGAUUAGUGUAUCCGCGUGGGUGGAUGAGUGUAUCCAAAGUGAGCAGUUUGGAGCGGCGGAACGUGGCCAAAGUGAGCAGUUUGGAGCGCCGGGAGGUGGCCAAAGUGAGCAGUUUGGAGCGACGGGACGCACCGUUCGCCAUGGGCAGGUCCUGGUGGAAGUUCUGGCAGAGAAAGAAGCCCAAGAAAGAUCAGCCACCCGAGAUCAACAUAUGGAGCGGCAUCGAGACAUCGCCUCCGCCCGACUCGGUGACCUCAUCGGAUGACGUCAUCGCUGGCCUGACCUCGCCGGAGGUCACUCAGCCGAUCGUCAAAGAGCCGGUGUUCAACUGUCAAGUGCGCGCUAUCCGUGAUUAUCACAACACAUCUGAUCUGCUGGCCCUCACCUUCCGACAGGGUGACGUCAUCAAGGUUUUGGAGCAGAGUCCCACCGGCCGUUGGCGGGGUGUUAUCAUACAGAGUAGCAGCUACUCCACAUCGCCCAGAGCUGGAUACUUCCCCUCGAGCGCCGUCGUUCUUCUAGAGAGACCAGGUCAGUCCUGA